GAAAGGGUUUACUGUUGUUGAAAUGAAUUUCUGUUACACCAAACAGAGUCUUGCCUAAGUUGUAGUAAGGAUCAUUAUGAUUUAAAACAAAAUUCAGAACAGUUUGGUUCAGUUUGUUGUAUCUGUGUUUUUUAGUUGUUAUAUCCAUUGUUUCCAUUGGUAUUUUCUUGUGAAGUUUUGUAUGAGGCUGCUUCUUUUCGAUGAUCAUUUACUUCCAAAGUGUCGCUUCUUUGAAAUUUGUUGAUCAAUUAACAACCAUGAAAUUUUUCACUUUUUUUGAGGGUUGCUACUUUUUUAUUACUAUAGUGAUCUGCUGAGCAGGAAGUUGAGUGGGUGAAUGGGUUGGGGUCUUGCUCUUGCCUACCCCGCCAGAAAGGUUUGAUAUCUCAAAGCAAUAAAAAAGGAGAAAUUCAAAGAGGAGAAAGAAGUUCCCAAACCUAAAAAAUCACCAUCGCCAAUUAGCAUUGAUACUGAUGAUAACGUUGACAUGGCUACACCAUGGCUGUCUGCUGGCAAACGCAGUGUUAGUGCAAAUGGAACUAACAGCAACAAAUCUCAAUCAGAUGACGAGCACGGUGCUACAUUGAUUGUGUGCCCACUGUCUGUGCUUAGUAACUGGACAGACCAGAUAUGCAGCCAUGUUCACCCAGAUGUCAGUCUGCAAGUUUACAUGUAUUAUGGAGCAGAGCGAUUGAGAGAUGUGAAAUUUCUUAGACAACAGGACAUUGUACUGACAACAUAUCCUACACUGACUAAUGACUACAGCAGGAAUGACUCUCCACUUCACAAGAUUAAAUGGCUGCGCAUUAUCCUAGAUGAGGGUCACACUAUAAGAAAUCCACAGACUCGUCUGACCAAAGCUAUGAUUGAUCUAGCAGCAGAGCGUCGAUGGGUCCUGACAGGGACACCAAUACAAAACAGGCUGGAUGACCUGUGGUCCGUGUGCAAAUUUCUUCGCAUAGAACCAUUUGAUGACAAGGGCUGGUGGAAUUCUGCACUGGCCUCAAGUGUGAGAAGAGGAGAUGAACAAGGCGUCAAUCGUUUACAAAAACUUCUCAAGCACAUUUCAAUCAGAAGACUCAAGACAGAUCAGGACGAGGGAAAACCACUUGUAAAGCUGCCGCCUCGUACAGUGGUCAUUCAAGAGGUUGAGUUGUCUGACAAGGAGCGGAAAUUAUACGAUGCCAUGCAGAACCAUGGCCAACUGAUCAUACGAAGAUAUCUUCAAGAUGGAACAGUCCUAGCGAAGUACGCGCACUGUUUUGCCAUUUUAAUGCGUCUCCGCCAGUUGUGUUUACAUCCCCAGCUCUGCGCUAAAGAAUGCGAAUCACUACAACAUGCACAGAAUCUUUUACAAGGGCUAGAUGACUCAGAUGACGACGAUCUCGAUGUGGACCACGACACUAACCGACUCAUCAAAGACUUACUCAUGACGUUAUCUUCGGGAAGUGACGAAGAAUGUUCGGUGUGCCUCGACUCCCUAGUCGAGCCAGUCAUCACGCGCUGUGCACAUGUCUUCUGCCAGCAGUGCAUUAUGGAUGUUAUGACGUCAGAUAACCUUGCUCCUCGCUGCCCGCUCUGCCGUGCACCGCUAAAUGAGAACGAACUGAUUAAGGUUCCCGAGAAGAAGAAACAGAAACCAGAAGCCAAGAAAACUAACGAGGAACCUGGAGAGUCCGAGAAAAGUUCCAAGGUUUGAGUUUUUUAAAGAGAAGUACUUUUUUAGAAACCACAAGUAAUGUAAGAUUUCACAUAUUUCUGAGGCAGUAUAUAAUUCUCACUAUUUAGCAG